GGCGCCGCGGCGGAAGCGGCGGGGCCGCCUCUAAGAUGGCGGCGGCGUGAGUUGCAUGUUGUUGUCGUGGGGCCGCCGGGAGGAGCCGCCGCCGCCGCCCCGCGCCCGUCCCGCCAUGGCCGUCACCGUCACGCUCAAGACGCUGCAGCAGCAAACCUUCAAGAUCCGCAUGGAGCCGCACGAGACGGUGCGGGCGCUGAAGGAGAAGAUCGAGGCCGAGAAGGGCAGCGAGGCGUUCCCUGUGGCCGGCCAGAAGUUGAUCUACGCCGGGAAGAUCCUGAGCGACGACGUCCCCAUCCGCGAGUACCGCAUCGACGAGAAGAACUUCGUGGUGGUCAUGGUCACCAAGGCCAAGUCGGCGCUGGGCUCGGCAGCCCCCGAGGCCGGAGCCCCCUCGGAGCCCCCCGCAGCCCCCCCGGGGCCCCCCCCGGCCGCCGACGCUGCCCCUCCCCCCCCGGCCGCGCCCAGCGAGGAGACCCCGGCCCAGGACCCCCCUGCCCUGCCCCUGCCUGAGCCUGCGGCGGGGUUUGGGGGCUCCCCUGGAUUGUUUCUCCCUUGUCGUGGCAGCUCUGUUCCCCCCCCGGGCAGCUCCGGGCGCUCGGCCGACGCCGCCUCCACCCUCGUGACGGGCUCGGAGUACGAGACGAUGCUGGCCGAGAUCGUGUCCAUGGGCUACGAGCGGGAGCGCGUGGUGGCCGCGCUCAGGGCCAGCUACAACAACCCCCACCGGGCCGUGGAGUACCUGCUGACGGGCAUCCCCGGCAGCCCCGAGCCCGAGCGCCCCCCGGUGCAGGAGUCCCGUCCCCCGGAGCAGCCCCCGCCCGAAGGUGAGAACCCGCUGGAGUUCCUGCGGGAGCAGCCGCAGUUCCAGAACAUGCGCCAGGUGAUCCAGCAGAACCCGGCGCUGCUCCCGGCGCUGCUGCAGCAGCUGGGCCAGGAGAACCCCCAGCUGCUCCAGCAAAUCAGCCAGCACCAGGAGCAGUUCAUCCAGAUGCUGAACGAGCCGCUGGGCGAGCUGGGCGAGCUGGAGGGGGAGGUGGGCGCCAUCGGGGACGAGUCCCCCCAGAUGAAUUACAUCCAGGUGACCCCGCAGGAGAAAGAAGCCAUAGAGAGGCUGAAGGCGCUGGGCUUUCCCGAGAGCCUGGUGAUCCAGGCCUACUUCGCCUGCGAGAAGAACGAGAACCUGGCGGCCAAUUUCCUGCUCAGCCAGAACUUCGACGACGACUGAGGGACCCCCGGGCCUCCCCCUGCCCUGGGGGGCUCCUUCUGCCUCCGGGGGGGCCCCCACGCCUGUGUGGGGAGGUGGGGGGGGGGUUGGGAUGGAUCCAGGGGACCCCCAGCCCUGCCCCCACCCCGGGAGCAGGGGGAGCCCCUCGCUGCCCUGGGGGGGGUCUCAGCACCUCCUUUCUCCUGGCCCCCCCUCCCCAAAACCGACCCCCCCUCCCUGUCAGGCCCCGGGGAUGGGAGGGUGGGGGAGGGGGGCGGUGCCGCGGAACAACCGAAAGUGGCGGCAAAGAGAUUAAAUGCAGAGUUUUAAACCCA